GAAGUUGUUCAGUGAAAUCGAAGCAACCUUCAUUGAUCAUGACAAUUCAACUUGGCUUUCUAGUUUGGUUAUUACUGUGCGGCUGUAUCAAAAGACCGCUUCUUCAGUUCCUCCAAAUUGUCCUGGUGCACGCUAUAUGGCGCGUUCCCAGUCGCAAAUGAUUCGGGCCGCCGCGGUCGUGGACGACCCCAAUCUGGUGGCCUCGCUGCCGUAUCUUAACUUCCUUCGCUUCCUGAAGCGGAACUUCUUCCGUAACACUGACUUGCGCCGCUUGCUUCAGGUGGGCCUCGUCCGUUGGAGCGCACUCAGCGAUGCCAAGAAGAGGCUAUUUGAGCCAGAAGUAAGGUAUUAUCCACACCACACCGUUGACUUAUGCUGCAUCCCCUUUCCCAGCGAAUCUUGGCCCGUGUGGCGCGCAGGAAGAGAAAUAGGCGACGCCGCCGAUUGCUUCGCCGUUCUCGGCAUGGCCAGAAAGGACGUGGUCCAGUGCGACGGCCCAUCUACGACAAGCGUCCUCCACCGAAAUGCGGAAGAUCCAAGCGGUCAGCAAGGAAAACAGUGUAAAAUCAGACUUCAAUAAGAUAUAUUUCGGAUUGUUAGAAGGCAGCAAUGAAACUAUAUAUUUAUUUUUAUACAAAA